GCUAACCGGCCUCCAUCCACAACACGGCACACAGAGAGAGGAGAGAGACUAGUUGAAACGAGGCGGAGUGUGUGGUGAGAGGUGGUGAGGCGGCUCUUUCAAACAGGGGCCCCGCUCGAUCAAAUAACUGACCGCGCGCGCGGCCGUCGACGAGCAUCCCCGUCGCCGUCGUAGUGGUUGGUGUUGUUUCGCGCACUCGUCCUCGCCGUGCAACACGCGGGAACGGGCUGUUCUCCCCGUCGUCGCCGACAUCGCGUCCGUCGUACCUUCGCCCGGUGUUGGUGCGACCAAUUACCCCUCGGUCUCUUUCCCGCGUGUGCUCUCAGCCCGCUUUGUCGAGUGCACGUCUUCCCGCGAGAAAACGGACUGUGCAUCGUGCCCCGGGAGAAAGAGGAACAGGAACAGGAACAGGAACAGGAAGGGGACAGUACCUUCAGGCUUCCGUGCUUCUCCGUCGCUCUACUUGUGUGCUCUUCGGGAGUCCCUGGUGGAGGUUUCGCGCUGUGAUUUUCCUCAGCGCGGCUAACGAAUCUAGCGUGACGGUUCUCUUCUGAUUGUGAGAGAAGAGAGUCCCGUCAGGCUCAGUGUCAGGUUUAGUGUUAUCGACGUGCUACGCUUCUCAGGAGAAAUCUCGGUGAAUCUUUGCUCGUGAAUCCCAAGUGCGUAGCGACGUUCCAGCGUAGAGCUUGUGGCUGUUCUGUGCGACCCAAGGGAUCUCUGUGACUCGUGACUCCGCAGCGAUUGAAGACACUGACAGAGAGCUAAUUCAGCUGCGGUGAGUUGAAAACGUGAGGAAGUCGAACACCAUCCGCACUUCUCCAGUGCAGGGAAAAUUAAGGGAAUACCUGAGUGCCAUCAGCCGUGGUAUCGCGGAUUUCAUGACUCCCGUUUGACAGCGACGCGGCAACAGGCCACUCCGGCGAGCUCUAUGACCAUGCUCCAGUCGCAAAAACUGUACGGCGAUGCGGGUGUCAUGACCAGCGCCACGAUGUCCAGCAUGGGCAGCAUGGCGCCCACGUACAGCUCGAUAAACUCGAUGGGUUGCGUGCCGAUGGGCAUGUCGAUGGGCGUCGGAGUCGGGCCUAGCUGUAGCCCGCAGGGCGCUGGCGGCUUUAACAUGAGUACCAUGAGCUCGGCCAUGGGAAUGGCGUCGAUGGGUGGCGGCGGGAUGAGCGGCUAUAGCGGGGCCUCCAUGGGCGCCAGCGGCGCCUGCAUGAGCGCCGUCGGUUACGGUCCGUUAACGCCUGGCGGUGGUACCGGGGUUAACCGCGAUCCCCUCGCCCUGACAGAGCCAGACUCGCCGAAUUCCGCUCUUCAGCGAGCCCGCAGCGAUAAAUCCUAUCGACGCAGCUAUACCCACGCGAAACCACCGUACUCGUACAUCAGUUUGAUCACCAUGGCGAUACAGAACGCACCUCACAAGAUGUUGACGCUCUCGGAGAUUUACCAGUUCAUCAUGGAUCUGUUUCCGUUUUAUAGACAAAACCAGCAGCGUUGGCAGAACUCUAUUAGGCAUUCCCUUAGUUUUAACGAUUGCUUCGUCAAGGUGCCGCGUACGCCCGACAAGCCCGGCAAGGGGUCGUUCUGGACGUUGCACCCGGACAGCGGCAAUAUGUUCGAGAACGGCUGCUACCUACGGCGCCAAAAGAGGUUCAAGGAUGAGAAGAAGGAGAUGACCAGGCAGACCAAUAAGCAUCAACAACAUCAGCAGCACCAGGUUGUGGCGGCAGCGGCAGUGGCGGCCGCCGGUGCGACUAUCACUGGCCAACACAGUCCACCCACUCAUGAAGGCGCGCCCGGCACCAAAAAGACCGGCUCGUCCAUUCACCAUGGCGGGCCACAGCAGCAGGACGACAAGGAUCUGCACUCGUUGGUGUCCACGCACCAUCACCAUCAUACAGCGGGUCUGCAUCAGCAUCACGCCACCCUGAAAAGCGAUACCGCUGAUAUCGGCGGCCUCCUCGGGCCCGAUCUUGGUGCUGCGCACGACGAGCUCACCGCCAUGGUCAGCCGUAGCCUUCAUCCGCAUCUGCUGUCCGAUACCGCGAGUCUCCAUCACGGGAUGGCCGGUAGCCUGAAACAGGAGCCGCUGUACACGGCGACCAGUCAUCCGUUCAGCAUCAAUAGGUUACUGCCGCGCGACACGGCCGGCACUUCGCCUGGUGCCCAAGACACCAAGCCGCCCGAGAUGAAGAUGUACGAGCAGUUGCAUCAAAGUUACGCCAACUUUGGCUCGCCGCACCAUCCGCACGCGCACUCGGCGCCGCCCGGCCACCAUCAUCACAACGGCAUGCACACCGGUACAAACGCCGCCGGGCCGAUGCACAUGACGAAUCAUCAUCAUCAAGAGUACUAUCAGAGCCCGCUCUAUCAUCACGCGACCAGCGUCGCCACCACGAGCGCACCACCGCCGCCCGCCGUCGCCACCGCGGCGCCGGGCUUGUGACAUCACGCUACCCACCCUUACGCCUUGGCCUGAGUCGCUGCCGCCGCGGCUUACGUCGCCACCGCCGCCACACCGAUGCCAUCCGCGACGACGGACCUGUCCACGUCGUCGGCGAUCACAGCGACCACAACCGCCGCGGCACCGACCUCGCCCGCGACCUCGUCAACUUUCUCGUCGUCACCGCGAGCGCAAUCGCGUCGACGCGGUCGUCGUCCCGAUAACGACGACGAUGACGACGAGGACGUCGUCGAUGCCGUCGCUUGUUGGCCACCCGACGACGACGACGAGUACGACGACGAGAACGAGGACGAGGACGAGGAAAACGUCGUUUACAGACGGUAGACGCCAUCGGGAGGUAGGCUUCAUCGGGGUAGGUUUAGUUCAUUUACGGUUCAUCGCCUCGAGGACCUCGAGGAUCACGACUUGUCGAUUAGUACGAGCGAGUAUGUAGGACACAUGCCACUAGCGAAUUAUAAUUGCAUCAUAACGAUGAAAAAUUUUGUCGCACUGACAAAAAAUUAGCUUAUCUGAGUUAGAAAAUACAUCACAAAUUUCUACUUUUGUAAUAUUCGGUUUUCUUUCUCUUUCUUCUUUAUUUUGCUCUAUUUUGCUUCACUUUAUCUUCUUAUGCAUGUUUUAUUCAUGUAUGAAUCUGUUUCCGAGCACAUUUGUUUAUAAGACAUCAUUUUUUAUCUUUUAACUAGUGAUUGACGGACCAUCUCUAGAAGUAAUAAUGCAAUCAAGUAACGUAAUAUUUAUUGACAAGAAACAAUUUAUAAAAAUAUCAAACGAUAACAGUAUAUUAUGAAGGCAUAAUAUCGUAGUGUUUCAAAUAAAAGCAAACACUUGUAUGGAACAAAAGCAUUAUCUAUAUUUUAACGCUCUGCUUUAGUAGCAAUGAGAUUAUAUGUACUUGUGUAUUAUAUUGAAAAGAAAGCAAAUAAUAUUUACAAGAUGUGUCAUUUGAUCAGUUCAUUCAGUUUCUUGUCUUAAAGUUAUGUCUGUUACUAUAUGUUGUCAGACAAACGCUCAAAUAAGUGACUUGGUAAGCAUCGUUUCAAGUACAAUUGCAAACAUUAGUAGCGAUAAAAGAGAUUAAAGCCCACUUUAGACAAUCUUUAAUUUGCGAUAGAAUUUGGAAUGGAAUUCUAUUUAUAAUCUCGUCUACACGUGCCCAAAUAUUUUCAUGUACAUUUCAUGUAUAUUAUAUUCGUGUAUCUGGAUUUUUCGAAUUUUUCAUAAACAUUCUAGAAUAUUUAUUCAAAGUCUUGAAUUUUCUAGCUUUGAUGGUAGCAACUUUUAACUCGCUUCAGGCAAUCUAUAAUCUUCCACAUGAUACGUAGAUACGUACGUAUGUCAUAUACGUGCAUGUCGCAUGUUUCAUAGGAAAAGAUGUCUUGACCCACUUCUUCAUAUUUCUCUGAAUGCUUGAUCAUUAUUUCUUACGAAAUGUUAUCAUCGUAAUCCAUCCAUCGAAUUUAUCUGACGUAGGGAAAAAAUGUUCGAGGGAAGUAAGAAGAGAAAUGACCGAUGCAACUGAAUCAUACCGAUUUCCCUGUUUAUGAACAUUCGAUAUAAUAUAAUCGCGCGGUUCGUUGAAUUGCACUUUUUUUGUGAUACGCUCGUGUGACAAGUGACAAUUUGUUUGCGAUUACUUUUAUUGCGAUAGUCGCAGUGCGUCCCAUCGGUAUGUUCUAUUUUUUACACAUUAUCAUAUCAAGAUUACGCAAUAACUCGGCGUACACUUGAGAAUUUACUGACAAUCAUCGUACUUGAACUGGAUUUCAUUCGACGACAACGAUCGUUCAGUAAAAUUGAUAAAGAUUGAUGCUUAGCAUAAUAUAUAUUUUCCUCGUGCAGUCUUCAACUCGUCAGAUUGUAAAUAAUGAUGAUUUAUUGUUAAUUGCUGUUUUUUCUCUUAGCGAAGAUUAAGAAUAUUUCUAAUCUUGAUAAAUCAUGUCCUAAUGUCCACAUAUCACGCGCGACUUCUGUCUGAUCUAGACUACAGUUUUAUCUUAUACGCGCUAAUUGCCAACUCUGUAGAUUUGUUACAUCGAUACAAUAUCUUUUCGAGAAGAAAAUAUUAUAUGUUGAUAGCCACUGUUACUCUGGAAUUAUUGCUAACAUCGAUGAUGCAUGCUGUUAGAUCGGUCACUGAUCCGGAAUAUUCGUAUUAAUGUUCUGCAAUUGUCAUUGUAUUUAUUUAUACGUUGGGUGAGCAUAUCACGAAUUAUUGAUAAUUAUUGAGUUUCUGAAAAUAAAAUUAAUUAUUAAGAGAUGGAUAAGUUUUUUGAAAAGACAAUUUUAGCGUACCAUUUUGCGAAAAUUUUAAAUAUUUGUAUUGACGCGAUGGUAUGUCUAUUAAAUCUUUUGCAUAUCUUGUCAUCUUUUACUCGUAGCAAGGAUAAUAGCAAUUUUCCAUUUUGCAAUGUGCAAUGAUGCAUUAUUCUAUCUUUAAUUAUCUAAUAUCUUACAUAAGUAAUGUGAUAAUGAUUUAAUUAAUUUUACUCGAGUAUAAUCGUAUUUAUUGUAACGAUUUCAACAUUUAAACGAUGUGGUCGAAAUUAUUUAACAUUUGAACGUUACAAAGGCACAUGUACCUAUUAUGCAGAUGUACCUAUAGUGUAGAUCAAUGCUUUUUUGUCCUAUCUUUUUAUUGUCCAAAAUAUAUUUAAGAAUAUCAAAAACAUUCUCACAAAUAAAUUGAAUUUCAAAUUUCACGAUUUGACAAUCUGAUAUCAUCAUCAAAACGACAAAAUUGAAACAGUUUUCUUUGACAAUUUCGAAGAGAUAUUUUAAAGGACCAAGUAAAAAAAAAUGAAAUUAUAAAAGAAUAAUAAUACCAGUCUAAAAUAAUGGUCUUUCUCGGAGAGACAAUGAGAGAAAAAGAAUUUGAUUCAAGUUUGGAGAAGUUCGAGAUCUCAGUGCAUCCUACACUCGCACAUCUCGUAUUCAACAACACCGUUAAGAGCAUCACUUAAGGGCAACGAAUCAAAAAUCACUAGCAAUUCAGCACGCGAACUUAUCAUACCCCGCGGCGAUGAACCGAUCAGUGCUCCGAAAAGCCUCGAUUAAUAUUAAAGGCGAGCGUACCCCGUCGAGGCGGCGGGUGUGUUGUUGCGGCAAGGGGGUGGCGUAAGCCCUCGAGGAGGCAAGGCCGGCUGAAAGAGCGGAAAUGAGGGCGCUGUCGGAAGAGCGAAAACUUGUGAUACUAUACGUGAAAAUAAAUAUAAAUUAAUGAACGUACGCGCGCGCACGGGGGGCGGUAAAUAUAUUAUAUUCGAGCACCAGUGGACCGCGCACUCACACCCGUGUCCAUACGUGCGCACGUGGACACGGACGUGCAUUCACGAGGUAUACGAACGCACGCGCGCGCUCUCGCGCGCGUACAUCGGUGGGUGAGUGUCGAUAAAUAAUUAAUUCGUUUAAGAGCGCCGCGCGGGAUAAUGUCCCGCGUUUUUGUAUAAUAUCUGUAGAUAGUCGUACAUAUAUAAAUAAAUAUAUAUAUAUAUAUAUAUAUAUAUCGUAUAAUGCGCAUGAUGUACAAUAUUAUAUGUUAAAGAGAGGUAUAUAUACGUAUACAUAAAUGGAACCCCUUUAUCGAUACAUUAUGUUAAGCACACUGUGCACGAUCUAUGCAAUACGCAAGAGAAUUCGGGUCAGAAUUUUACCCGUGGUUUUAUGCGCCGAGUAUUCAAAUAUGUAUUCUGUAUGCACACAUCCAUUCUGUAUAUAUUUUGGUUCCUCAAAACGGUAUUGCAAUGAAAAUUCUGUUCCGGAUUCUGUCGCGAAUUAUGUGUCGUCUAAUGUGCGCUUCAAGUAUAUACAUAUAAUAGAGCGUAAGGGAGCGAAUGAAAGGGAUAAAGAGAGAAAGAGACAAAGGUAGAAGAAAAAGAGUGAGCGAGGCAAACGUGAUACUUCGCAUUACGUACUUUGAAAGCGUACUUUUACAUUGUCACACACGUAUCCGCAUUGUAGAUAAUGAUAAAGGGUUGUUUUUAAGGUAUUUUACUUUAUUUGAGAGAGUUUAUUUAAGUUUGCGAGUAAAAUAACGUGGGAUCGCGUUUGUUGUUUGUAAAAAUAUGCACAAUUGUUGCAGGGAACAUAUACGAUUGCGAUGUCAAGUUAGAUAAUCCUCUUUCACCGAAUUUUUGAUAUUUACAAUGAACACUUUGGCCAAAUGUGAAAAAUCACUGUUUUGUACGAAGAUUCGAUGGUUUCAUGAAAGACUUAUUCUCAGUUUUGUCAAAUAUCCUACGCAAUUACUAUACCGGACUACAAUUGUAAACAUAUAAAUGAUGCGCGUUUAUCCGCAUUAAGGGACAACUGACGCCAUCAAAUCUUCAAUCAUUACAUUUAAACACGUGACUAUUAACAAAAAACUGUUUUGUAGAAAACAAAUACGACGCAGGUGUAUUUUACCAGUUCGUUGAUUAUCGAUUUUUACAGGAAUGGCGUUUUGUUGUAAAAACCCCGAUAUUGUAAAAACAGCGUAAAUCAAUUUCGUAUUCAGGAUGUAACAGUCAAAGUUUAUUCGCGCGAAUACAAACAGUAUGGAGUUUGCUCAGUAAUAUACAACACGUGAGUGUCAUACCUCGGUGCAAUUUCUGCAAGUCAACAUCCGAGUGCAAAGGGCUAAGUCAAGAUAGUCAAGCGGUUUGAGCCGCGUUGGCGGAUAGAAAAAUUCCGCAAUUAAAACGAGCGAGCGUGUGUGACAGGUCCUGUGACGACUCCAUGUGAACGGCGGUAUUAUUGGUCACGUAACGCACUAGAUCAUUCGCGCAGCACUACUUCAAUCCAUGAAUAUGAAAUUCGUAAAAAGCUUUUACCGUCGUCGCGAGUAUAGUUUUACUAUGCUUUGAUCGAAGAGCGAAAGUGAAAUCUGUUUGCCUUCAUUAGCGAAUUAUACGAUGGAAAAAUUAGGUGUCACUGCGGAAGUUUAGAUAACUGUCUGUAAUUUCACCGAUUUAACUUAAAUGUGCCGUUCCAUCAUCUAACUUUCUCAUAGUCUAUAGAUUUCUCGAGUUUUUAUUGAAUUUUAUCAUUUUCAAGCAUAGAUCGACAUGUAAACGUGAUGCAGGAUAAAUUGUUUUUGAAAAAAUAACACGAUCUCACACACAACACACACACACACACACACACACACACACACACACACAACGAGCAAUUAUGCAAAUAUAUUAAAAUGAUUCUCCAACGAAACGUGGAUGUUCUCUCAUGCUUGACAGUUGAGAUUAAAAAUCAUGAAUAAUAUCAUGAAUAAAAACACUAGGUUGAUAAAAAUUGAAAACUGGCGAAUAGAGAUACAUACCUACGUAAAAUCUGUAAAUAAGAUCGCUAAUCAUUGUUAUCAUUAUUAUUACCGCCAUUAUUCGGAGUUUGUAUAUUGUGAAUUCUUUAGGCUCAUUUUCUAUCUCAUUUUUUCUUUUUUCUCAAGCUGUGAAUUUGUAUGAAAUUCUUUUCACGUUCCGUAAUUACGAGAACCUGGGCUUUAUGAGAACACAGGAUAAUUAUAACCGAGAUAGUUUCAACUAUUUUAGAUGAGAUUUAACAAGCAUAUUUAUAAAAUAACACAAAGUGAAUCUCCCAUAAAGAUCGAUAAUCUCAAUAUAAUUUUGAUUAAAAAUUGAUAAAGGCCUUUUGCAAAAUUGUUAUGAUCCCAGGCUCUUGCGAGCGUCGAUCGAAGAGGGAACGUGAUAAAGAAGGAAGCAAAUCUUGCGAAGAGCUCUCAAGGCGGAAUGCAAAUCUCGAAAUUGCGAAAUCUCACGUUUAACACGCGCUUUCACUGUCCCUUGGACAUCCCAUCGCCUUUCUAAGAGAGGGAUCUUUGCCCAACAUUGUCGCUGUGCGCGAUAUCAGUGUGCUGCUCAGAGAUCGAAGCCUACAAUCAUAAUAAUUAAUCAUUUUUAUAGGUUCAGUCUUUGAUCAGAUGUAGAUACGCAAGAAUGAUCUCUACGUUCGUUUAAACAAAGAUUGAAACAUACGUCUCUCGAAAAUUGUAUCAUAGCAUCGAAAUUAUCACCGAUUUCAAUCUCCGAUCUUACCUUUAACUCUUUGGCGUUCCCGAUCAAGAAUCUGCCCAUGUCCGAUAAAUAUACGUCGCCCGAUUCUCGAAAGAUCAAAUGACAAGAGAGAGUGAAUGAAUGAGUGCAAGAAGUAGACGUGAAAAGACAAAAGUGCGCUGUUGAGAGAAAGAGAGAGAGAGAGAGAGAGAGAGAGAGAGAGAGAGAAUGAGAGAGAGGAAGUGAAGGAUGAAAGGAGCGACGAAUCGAUGAGAUAAGGCUGUAAAUGUUUCAAUAAAUCUACGUAUUUCUACGAAAACAAAA